AUGCCCCGCCCCGGUGCCCUAGCAACAAAUAAACAGUGUGAGGUUCUGCCGCUUUUGUGCGCUCGACAGCGGGCUGUCCGGGUGCCGCCCCGGGAGUGGGGUGAGCCGAGCCUUGCUUACCAGCACCUGCGCCUCCGCACACCGCGAAGGCGCCCAAUUGGAGGUGCGGCCACGGCCGGGGCAGGCGGCAAUUCGCCGGCAGGUAAAGGGAAGAAAGGAAAAGGCCGGUCCAAGACCUCCGGGAAGAAGCAGAAGCAGAAGAAGCCGGAAGCAGACAUCCUCAGCCCCGCCGCCAUGCUGAACCUCUACUACAUUGCCCACAAUGUGGCCGACUGCCUGUACCUUCGAGGCUUCCCUUGGCCAGGCGCUCCCAAAGGGAAAAAGGGAAAAAAAUAAGACUUAGGUGAUAGAAUUCAAAGCAUGCCUUGGUCUCAAAGAACAGAAAGUAGGAGAAAGCAUUUAGGAUAACUCAAAAGACUGCGGGCAAACGGGCUCUAAAAGACAAGUAGAAACAUGUAGCCACUGUGCUUUUCUGUGGUAAAUAAUGACAAAUGCAUUUUUAUUUCCACAGCUAAGCCAGGCAACUAGGUAAGCCAUUUUGGUUUUUCAGAAGUAAUCAGAAAAAUCAAACCCAAGUAGUUCAUAAAGGCUACCCUGGCAUUGGUAGUAAUUUUUUUAAAUAUUAUAAUCAAUUCUAGACUGAAUUAAACCUUGUUCUUAGACGGCAGCUCUAGUUUGCAUGAGUCGUUUUCUUCUGUGAGGGGUUGGCUCAGAGAAGACCAGGCAGAAAGCUCAGGCCUAACUUGUAAACACAUUUUCUGCUGUAGUUUGGUUUGGGUUUUCUUUUUUUGUUUUCUUUUUCAACACUGGAGAUGAGCCUGGGGCCUCUGCUCAGGAAGAGCUCUGCCAUUAAAUUACUCCUAGAC